CUCUCCGCCUCCACUGCGCGCCGUUGUCCCUCGCCACGACAUUCGCCGUGCUCCACUGCUGGAUUGCGCUGCGGACUGACACAAGCUAUGGCGCUUCACCGCAGCCUCCGAUCUCUGCUGCCGCUACCGUUCAGGGUCGCUCGCCCGAGCCUCAGGAGUCUACCGCCGCGACCGGGGAAGCGAUUAUUAUCCGUCUCCUGCGCCCGUCGUCAGGACCUGGACGACAAACCGCUUUUCCCCGGAGCGUCGGCCGAGUACUCGGACACCAUGGAGUUCAUCCAGCCCAACGUGAUCGCUGGCAUCCCCGUCUACCGCGUUAUGGACCGCCAGGGCCAGAUCAUCAACCCCAAGGAGGACCCCAAGCUGGACAAGGACACGGUACUGAAGAUGUACAAGAAGAUGACCCUGCUCAACACGAUGGACCGCAUCCUGUAUGAGUCGCAGCGGCAGGGACGCAUCUCCUUCUACAUGACCAACUACGGCGAGGAGGGCACCCACAUGGGCAGCGCUGCUGCCCUUGAGCCGCACGACCUCGUGUUCGGCCAGUACCGGGAGGCCGGCGUUCUGAUGUGGCGAGGCUUCCCGCUCGACCUGUUCAUGUCGCAGUGCUACGGCAACGUGGAUGAUCCGGGCAAGGGGCGGCAGAUGCCCGUCCACUACGGGUCGAACGAGCUCAACUUUGUCACCAUCUCCUCCCCGCUCGCCACGCAGAUCCCGCAGGCCGUGGGUGCCGCCUACGCCUACAAGCGCGCCAACAACGACCGCGUGGUGAUCUGCUACUUCGGGGAGGGCGCGGCGAGCGAGGGCGAUGCCCACGCCGGAUUCAACUUCUCCGCCACGCUCGAGUGCCCCGUCAUCUUCUUCUGCCGCAACAACGGCUACGCGAUCUCCACACCCACGGACGAGCAGUACCGCGGAGACGGCAUCGCGGCGCGGGGCCCGGGCUACGGGAUCCUGUCGAUCCGCGUGGACGGCAACGAUGUGUUCGCCGUGUACAACGCCACGCGGGAGGCACGGAGGCGUGCAGUCAGUGAGAACCAGCCCACGCUCAUCGAGGCCAUGACCUACCGGAUCGGGCACCACAGCACAAGCGACGACAGCUCGGCGUACCGCUCGGUGGACGAGGUCAACUACUGGGACAAGCAGGACCACCCGAUCUCGCGACUGCGCAACUACAUGCUCCGCGAGAGCAUGUGGAACGACUCGCUGGAGAAGGACUGGCGCAAGCAGUCGCGCAAGCUGGUCCUGGAGGCGUUCGAGAAGGCGGAGAAACGACUCAAGCCGAGCCCCUCGGAGCUCUUCCACGACGUGUACAAGGAGAUGACACCGCACAUCCAGCGGCAGAUGGAUGAGAUGAGACGCCACGUCAAGAUCUAUGGAGAGCACUACCCCAUGGACAAGUUUGACAAGUUCUGACUCGCUCUCCCUCUGCCCAUUGACGACGAACAUGUUGCCAGCGUUGGGCCACGAUUCCUCUCCCGCCCCUAAUCCCCGUGUGCCUGUCUCCUUACAUCUGUGAGGACGUCCAACCGUCCCGUGACGUGGAAGAAACAAUACCGUUCUAUAAUAUUGCAUGCACGCUCAUUACACCGACAGAUUAGUAGCAAACGUUUUUACUCGCAGUCAGAGCCUGUGUUGCACUUUAGAGGUGGAUAAUCUAUUUAUGGUGUCCUAAGUCAUUUUGGGGGGGGGUUUGGGGGAGGGGUUUUCGUUAAUCCUGGUUUUAGUUGACGGCUGUUUAAAGAAAGCACAGUUUCGAAAUGGAACCUUUGCAAAAAUAUUUCGGCUGGGCUGAACCGCACAAGAAAAUCGUAGCCGGCGUCGCAUGCCGAGACGUUUGAAAAUCUACCGCACUUUGGGAGCGUUCCAAAUAUUUCACCGCCGUCUCUCGGCGAUGGGUGGUGUGGGUUUGUUGCGUAGCGCGUGUCGCCAGCGGUCAUGCCAGGUGCGCUGGCGAUGCUCGCUCUGCAGGUUUUUACGUUUCAAAGGAUGCAUAAGCUUCUUGAUUUUACUCACUCUCUUGAGCUGUGGCCGUUUCAUCAUGAACUAGAUUGCAGCAAGGGGGGACGCUAUAGCACAAGGCUGGAGUCGCAGCAGCGCGUUUGCUUUUGUCCAACUUCAUAUCAAUUUGUAAAUUUACAAAGUAGUUUUUGAUUAAAAGAACAUGCAGUUACGAAUUGGGAUUAAAUUAAACAAUCUUGUUGAAGAUACCAGUUGGCAUCCAUCAGCGGCUUAAUGCAACUUAGUCUGGAAGGACUUGGAAUGUUAUUUAUUUCAUUGCGAGCCUUGAUUAACAAGCAGAUUGCAGCUUGGCCCAAUGCUAUCUAGUGUAAAAGACAGUUUUAAUAGAGACAUGGGGAAUUAGUGGCAGAAUAAUUGGCAAUAAAUGUUACAUUAACUUGAGCGUUAAGUGCAUUUUUGGGGAUCCAAGUAAAUGUGGAGUUGAAAAUUAAAAUACGGAAACAUUUGAACAUAAAAACCCUAGGUGCUUAAGGGUAUCUGAACAGGUUAGUAACUGAACCAGCUGAUCCUAUAAUUAUUUAUCCAGGAAAGCCACACCGACUUUUAGAGGGUCCUGCAUUUGGGUUUUUUAUUUUAAGAUUGUUUUCAGCUAAUUAAUGAGCGCUUAUGCGCGAGGGAGAAACACUGCAUCCCUGUACAGACGGAAGCAGAUGGCGAUUCGUCUACUUGCUGUAACUGCCUUCUGGAGAGACAGGGUGAUGGCAACCUUGACACCCACGGGAAGAAGGGAGUUGAACAACAACAUUCGUGCGAUCCCCCACCAGCCCUGGCUUCCUUCACAAAUGCUGGAUGAUUCCAGGCCACGUGUAUAGGCAAACGCCCGGCUAAAAAUGAAAAUCUCAUUCGCAGCCGAAAUCAGCAAUUACGGUUGGAGUGGCUUAAAAUAAUUGGUCACAGGUGACGUCCGACAAUGAUGUGUUCAUGUUUUGUUUGUAGCAAUUGUGUUGAAGGCGUGAUAGUGACAAAAUAAACAGUUGAAAACGA